AUGUAUAAACGAUACGAAGAACGACAAGGAGGAACUACGCGUGAAUAUUUUGAAGCUGAUGAUUCUCGUAAUAGAGUAUCAACAACAGAAACAACUUAUCGAUCAUCAAUGAGUCCACGCGUUACUAAUGUACAACGAUCACGUCCUUCGGCUUUUGGUGGUGGUGGUGUUAUGACACGAGUUUAUCAAAAUUUUCAAACAAGUGGUGGACGUGGUGGUUUUGGUCCAGGUCUUGCUUCUCUAGCAAAUUUUCCUGGUGUACCAAUGCGUGGUCCAAGCAAUUCAAGUACUGCAUUAGUUGGUCUUACUACAACACGUCAUCGUGAUAAACGUGAACUUGAACAAUUAAAUGAUAAAUUUGCACAAUAUAUUGAAAAAGUACGAUUUUUAGAAGCACAAAAUAAAAAAUUAUUACUUGAAUUAGAAGCAUUACGAAAUCGUGCAGGACAAGGUUCAUCGCGUAUUAAAGAAAUGUAUGAUGUUGAAAUGACUGAAGCUGGUAGAUUAAUUGAAGCUGCAAAAAAAGAAGCUGCUAAUGCUAAUAAUAAAGCUCAGCAAGCUGAACAAGAAGUUAAACGACAACGAGCACGAUAUAAUGAAGUAUCUGGUUUAAGAGAACUCGAUCGUAAACAAAUAGAUGCUAUUGAACGACAAAUUGCUGAAAAUCAAGCUCAAAUAAAUUUAUUCCGACGUCGUAUUGCCGACCUUGAAGAUGAAGCACGACGAUAUAAAGCUGAAAGUCAACGUCUAUCAUCUGAAAUAGCACGUAUUCAACAUGAAAUACAAAAUGAAUUAUUUCUUAGAUCAUCAUCUGAUGUAGAAAAAAUAGCUCUUCAAGAUGAAUUAGCUACACUUAAACAAAUACAUGAAUCUGAUUUAGCUGAAAUUCGUUCUCGAGCUAUAUCCACUGAUCUUGAUCCAACGAAAUUUUUUCGUAAUGAAUUAGUACAAGCUAUACGUGAAAUUCGUAAUGAUUAUGAAAAUGACGUUGAUAGUAAACGUGCGGAUAUGCAAAAUCGUUAUUCAUUAGUAUGCAAUGAACUUUUCAUGCGUUUAAAUCGACCAGAUACAAAUCCACUUUAUAAUGAACAACAACGUCGACAAGAAGAACGUUUUCGUAAUGAAAUAUUACAAACACAAAAUCAAAAUGGUUAUCUUCGAGCAAAAAAUAACGAUAUUCACAAUCGUAUUGAGGAACUCGAAAGAAAAGUUAAAUCAUUACGUGAAGAUGGCAGUUAUGCUCAAACUAAAAUGGCUAAAGAUAUUGAAGAAGCACGUCAUCGAUUAGAACGAGCAAAUCGUCAAUAUGAAGAAGUAACAAGCUUAAAAACAUCAUUAGAAAAAGAAAUUAGUACUUAUAGAGAAUUACUUGAAAGUCAACAAGGUCUUCGUGGAUUUGUUGAUCGAAUUGUACAAAAUGCUGAACAACAAGCUUUUGAUCGAUCUGUUGGUGAUAAUAGUAGUGCUAGUUUUGGUGGUCGUACUGGUGGAUCAACAACAACUGUUAGACGUACAGUUUAUACUUCAGGUGGUAGUGGUAGUGGUAGUGGUGGUUCAAAUUAUGGUUAUGGAAGUUUAAGUGGAUCUGGUAAUGUUAGUAAUCUUAUUAAUCAAAACGUUCGAUCAACAAAUACUUAUGAAACACUAUCAAGUGGUUUUAGAAAUACAUAUCGUGAUAAUACUGGUAGUAAUAGUAUGACACGACAAAGUGGAGACUAUUAA